GAUUGGCUUUCAGUCAUUACUUGUAAUGGAAUGGAUAUCAAUCCUCAGCCUCACGUGCCAAGCGCUACCUCAAUAAAUUCGCAAGGCUGAAAUUAUUAAGAACCUCGUCGCAAAGUCAACACCACGCCGAAAACUACAACUUUCCCCUCCAAACACCUCGACCAUACUCCCGCAUCAUGCAUCCUUCGCGUCAAGCAUAUGUCGAGGAGGCAGAGCCAGAGGAUAGAGGUUUCGACCUCGCAAACAUCCGUAAGUAGCACCAGUUCAAAGCCUUUCCACGCAAUGCGCAGACUAACAGCUCUACAGCUCUCGACCGCGAAUAUGAAAUGCCCUCGACUACCGCGGGGAUCGCCCCCGAAAAAGCCUCCGCAAUUCUCUCCCAGUUCUCACGGAAACGAAAAGCCGCUGCCAUUGCAGUCCCCACCGACGAUGGACGCGUGCGAUCCCGUCUGCGCGAAAUGGGCGAGCCCAUCACUCUCUUUGGCGAAGGACCGGGGGACCGAAGAGACCGGCUGAGGGAGUUGCUUAGUAUCCAAGCUGAGAUUGAUGGUUUGGACGAGGAGGAUAAUGAUACGAAGAUGGGUGGGGUGGAUGAGGAGGAGGGAAACGAGCAGGAAGAGGAGUUUUAUACGAAAGGUGUUGCGGAACUGGUUGAUGCGAGGAAGGAAAUUGCGCGGUUCAGUUUACCUAGAGCGAGGAGGAGGGUUGCUAGUCAGAAGGAAGAGUCUAAGAUUCCGCUGCGGACGCAUGUCAAAUUUCGAAAGGGGAUUAAGGGACGUUUACAGGCUUUUGAGUUGCAGGGUAGUCAAAUGGCGGGGGAGAGACCCGUCAGUAUGACAAGAUUUUCGCCGAACGGGGAGAUUAUUGCGGCAGGAAACUGGGGAGGUGGGGUAAAGCUUUUGGGAGUCCCAAAUUUGGAGGAGAUUAGGACUUUGCGAGGACAUACGGAUAGGAUAGGUGGAAUCACAUGGGCGCCUGGAUCUACACUUCCUGGGACUACCAUCUUGCCUUCUUCCGUCAAUUUAGCUUCUGGUGGUGCCGAAGGAAAUAUCCAUCUUUGGUCUUUAGAUCAAGAUACGCCUCUGUCCACGUUGGCAGGUCACAACCAGCGAGUGGUACGCACGGAAUUUCACCCCUCCGGACGAUAUCUAGCAUCAGCUUCAGAAGAUACAACCUGGCGAUUAUGGGAUGUAAAUACUACCACUGAACUGUUAUUACAGGAAGGACACUCUCGUGGUGUCUUUGCUCUUGCUUUCAACGCAGAUGGAUCAUUACUAGCAUCCGCAGGAAUGGACAGUAUAGGACGAAUCUGGGAUCUACGAACAGGACGCACAGUAAUGAUUCUAGAAGGGCAUAUCCGUCCCAUCUACGCUCUGGACUGGGGCGUCGAUGGCCACCGUGUUCUCUCCGGUUCAGGCGAUGGCUGGAUUAAAUGCUGGGACGUUCGAAAAGUCGCGCCAGCCGGUGGAGUAGGAGCACACAAAUCUGUAGUUUCGGAUCUACGGUGGUACAAAGGAGAAGACGACCCUGGAUUAGGCGUCACUCCACAAACUGACGAGCAAGGCGCAAGGAAACCGAAGAAAUCAGGCACGUUCUUUGUGAGUAGUGGGUUUGAUAAGAAUAUUAAUAUUUUCUCGGCGGAUGAUUGGGGGUUGGUGCAGAGUCUGAGUGGACAUACGGGGAAUGUGCAUAGUGUUGAUGUGAGCAGGAAUGGGAAAUGGAUUGUUAGUGGAGGGUAUGAUAGAACUGUUAAGUUGUGGGGGAGGAACGAUAUGGAAGCUCUUUGAGAGAAAAAUUCCGUAACUAUACUAUCUGAGGGACGAGCGUCGUUAAUGGGAUAUCAAGGCUGGGAUAAUACCAAUGUAUGAAUAUUUGAAUGCACAAUGUAUGUCUGUC